CACUCUGGUGGAGUGCAACAGUUUGACUGCUGCCUCUGGAGAAGCAUUUACAAGAAUGAGUUUGAGUUGACAUGUGUGGGACCUAGCCAGAGUGUCCGCACAGGAGCAGGGGAACGCCAGAGGGAGAGGGAGCACAAGCUGGAUGAUGAUAUGAUCCGCCUGGUAGGGAAGCACCACCCAGAUCUCCUCAGUGACACACACCUACGCCUGGGCAAGGAGCUGGAGGCUGAAGGCCGACUGCAGGAGGCCGAGUAUCACUACCUCGAGGCUCAGGAGUGGACGGCAACAGUGAACAUGGACCGGUCCAAUGGGCUUUGGCAGGAGGCCUACCGGGUUCCCAAGGCUCACAGAGGAGCUGAUGCCCACAAGCACGUGGCCUAUCUGUGGGCAAAGAGCCUGGGAGGAGCAUCCUCAGUGAGACUGCUCACUAAGCUCGGACUCCAGGCAGCUGCCGUGGACCACGCCGCCGACCACUGAUGAGGCCCCACGGCUUCUCUCCACUGGACCCUUUCGAGACAGAGCCUCUACAUAGACAAGGAAAACGGCUGUAUAGCUGAGAAGUGUUUCUGAAAAUGGAGGCAGGAGUGAAGAAAUCCUUGGAAGAACGUGAUGGAGAGGGUAAAUUUGAAGAGGCCAAAGCUGAAUUCAUCAGGGCUGGUACGCCCAAGGAAGCAGUCCUCAUAUUCGUCCAUAACCAGGCCUGGGAAGCAGCUCAGCAAGUGGCCGAGGCCCACGAUCCUGACACUGUCGCCGAGGCGCUUGUGGGGCAGGCCCGGGGGGCCUUGGAGGAGAAGGACAUUCAGAAAGCAGAAGGGCUGCUGCUUCGGGCCCAGAGACCGGGCCUGCCCUUCAAUUAUUAUGAGGAGGCUGGAUUAUGGAGCGACGCUCUGUGGAUCUACAAGGGCUAUGUGCGGGGUCAGCUGGAGGUUCUGAGGGAAGAGUAUGAGCGGGAGGCUACCAAGAAAGGGGCCAGGGGCAUGGAGGGGUUCGUGGACCAAGCUCGCCAGUGGGAGCAGGCUGGAGAGUAUAGCCGUGCCGUCGACUGCUACCUCAAGGUGCGGGGCUCAGGCAGCAGCAGCCUGGUGGAAAAGUGCUGGAUGAAGUUGGCUCCAUACUGGGCCCAAUGGAGAGCUUGACCUCAUGACCUAAGAUCAAGAUAAAGAUCAAUAUCAAGACCUAAGCUGAGAUCAAGAGUUGGAUGCUUAGGGGUACCUAGGUGGUUCAGUCAUCAAGCAUCUGCCUUCUACUCAGGUCAUGAUCCCAGGGUCCUGGGAUCAAGCCCCACAUCUGGCUCCCUGCUCAGCUGGAAGCCUGCUUCUCCCUCUCCCACUCCCCCUGCUUGUGUUCCCUCUCUCACUGUCUCUCUCUCUCUGUCAAAUAAAUAAAAUAUUUUUAAAAAUAAAUAAUUGAAUUUAAUUUUUUUUAAAGAGAUUGAAAAUAGAAACCCUGCCUACGUUUCCAGCCUGCCUCAAGAAGUUGGGAUUUAUCAGCCUCCAGAAAUAUAUUAAUACCAGCUAAUUUUUCAAUCUCCCCCCCAACUCUGUGUGUGUGUGUGUGUGUGUGUGUGUGUGUGUGUGUGUGUGUCUAUGUGGUGUUAUAAUAACACAUCUGGUGUUUGUCCCAGACUCCUGACACAGAGCUUCAAAAACACUGGGGGGGCACCUGGGUGGCUCAGUGGGUUAAAGCCUCUGCCUUUGGCUCAGGUCAAUAUCUCAGGGGUCCUGGGAUCGAGCCCCGUAUCGGGCUCUCUGCUCAGCAGGUUCCUCCUCUCUCUCUGCCUGCCUCUCUGCCUGCUUGUGAUCUGUCUGUCUCUGUCA